GCUUUCUUUCAUAUCCUGUUUCUGAUCGUUCAAUCUACACUUUCAACACCAUAAACUAUCCUCAAAAUGGGCGUCAAACGAACCCGCAGCCAGACAAACGCCUCAAAGCCUGAAGAAACGCGGGCAACCACCCCGCAGCAAGCCAACCCACCCUCCGCCUCUGAAGAUGAUGUCGCAAUCCCUCGACCCGCCAAGAAGGCCAAAUCCCAAAAACCCAUGUCGAAGAAAGAUCCCACGCCAAACAAGCUAUACAAAGACACCUUGAAGCAAAUCGACAAGAAAUUCGCCGGUAUGCUGAAGCGGUACAAGCCCAACCCAACCCCAUUCUCGGGCAUAACAUCCGACGACUUCGCGGCCGUAAUGAGCAGCUUCAUCCCACAAGCCCAAAAACUAGCCCUAACCUCCCCGAUCCUCGCCUUCAACCUCGUCCUGGACCUCGGGGAGCACGCGUACGGCGACCUCGACGCCACCGUGAAAGCCAGCGGGUUCGGGGAGACGGACGAGCCAUACGGCAAACUCGACGCAGUUCUCGUGACGCUGAUAAACGCGCGCGUGGAGCUCGACGAGAACAAAGGGUUGAUUCCGGGAGAGGUGUAUAAAGUGGAGCCGCCGCACAGGGAGGUAGGGGAAGGGCAACGGGCGUUAAGCGCGGCGUUGAAGAAGGGGAUGUCGGCGCGGAAGAGACGGCCGAAUAAGCAGGAAUGGGGAUGGAUUGACAAAGCGCGGCGGGAGGAUCUGAAGGCGCUGUUUGAGAAGAGGAGGGUUAGGAGGGAGGAGGCGGUGGAUUGGGUGGGGAAUGCGUUGAAUGAUCUGUUGGAGACGGGGGGGAGGAUUGAUGAGUAUGGGAUUGGGACGCAUUAUUUUCGGGAGAGUAUUGGGUUGUUGGCGGAGAUUAAGAAGAUUCCGCGGCCGGCGCUUCCGAGGCGGCCUCGUGAGUUUACGGAGGGAUGGUAUUAAUUGAUGAGGAUUGGAUUGGGUGUUGGGCGUAUAGAUUUGGUGAAAGGUUAUUUGGAAUGGGUUGGGAUAGAAAUGACAUGAAAAUUCGUAGAUUUGGUUGGGAAUCGAUAUCUGCUCAGGCGGAAAGUCAAAGGGUAAUUGCAG